GUAAAGCGGCUAUGGUGGGAGGAAUCCUGCAGCCGAGUUCGGAUGACCGCUGACCGGCGCGGCCAAGUUAGAGAUAAAGGACGGAGUGAGAAGACGAAGAAGAGGAACGAGUGAAGAAUAGCAAGGUCGUGAUAGACUGUCUCAAGAAAUAUUAGGACUACGAUAGAGGGAAGGGCAAGGACGAGGAAUUGGAAGGACAGAGAAUGAGUGCGAGGUCACCUCCACCAGGACCAUCAGAGCCAAUGAACUAUUGGGAGGAAGAGGAACGAAUCAGAUCACUCUUAACCCUCUGCUUUGACGAUGGGGUUUACCCCACGGAGCUGGAUCCAGGCGAAAUGGAGGUCCAUGGAAGAGAGGCGAAAUUUACCUUGAACUCGUCGCUGGACGAGAUCAAGGUAAAAUGGCUGAAAGAGCGGACCAUCUCAGUGAUCUUCAAAGAAAACGCAAGAUUCCUUUCGAAGAAGAUCAAGGACGACAUCAUAAGAGCGUUUGAAGAUGGUUGGAUUUUGGGCAGUGAACGGUUCCCCAGUGGAACAAGGAGGGGACGAGUGAAGAUAGAAGGUCCGAAUGCGCUUUCAUAUGUAGGGAAGUCUAGGGAGGUGACGAACUUCAUGAUAAGUGAGGGAGGGGUGGAGAUUCCCACGAGACAAGCUAACGUCAGCUAUAAAGUGGAAUUCAAACCAUGGAUGACAAAGGCAGAAUUCAGGGACUUACGAAGACAGGAGGACGACAGAAUCUUCUGGGUGAUUGCGGUGCAAGUCCCCUUGGACGAUAUGCCGUUUACUUAUGCACAAAUCGAGCGGGCAAUCGGCAAGAUUGAGCAGGCACACCCACCAGAUGCAGACCCGGAUAGACCAGCAUUAGUUAAUGCGAGAUUUGACUUGGCUUCAGAUGCAGGAGAGAACAUGAAAGACAAGAUGAGAAUCAUCACCUCCAAGGGUGACGAUCUGGAAGUACGGUUGGCUUGCUCCACUACGCCGAAAUGCCGGACAUGCCGACAGUUCUUCCACACGGAGGAGGAACGCCGGAGGCGAGGAGGGCAAAACAGGGAAGUACCAGGGAUGACGGGCGGACAAGGGGUAGGGAACCCAAUGGCCCAAGUGGGUAUGUCCGGCUUACUGAUGGCCCAAGGGAUGGGUCUCACAGGGGCCAAGGAAGCCCCGAGACUGCAGAUCCCGGCACGACAACAAUCGGGAGUAGGAGGAACCUACACGUUGGUUCAACCAGGAAAGAGCGCGUUGGAUGGAGGAGUGAGGCAAGAAGUGGGGCGUGGAAGACGGGAGGUGGAGGGGAUCGCAGGACGAUCGAGAGGGUUGUCGACAGGGAAACAUAGAAGACUAAGCAUGACAGAUGUCACCCUAGAAAUGUCUGGUGCAUUGCGGGCGUCGAGAGAGGUGUUAGAGCAGUCAGUAGGUCAGGACAUAGGGAUCGGGACACCAGGCAGUAAAACGACUAAGGACAGAAGGCUUGCUUCAACAGCGAGAGGACAAGGAUCGGAACUGUCGCAGUUCCUGGUCCCCCUCCUAUAUACAAUGAUCCGGAACGCAUACUGGGUGGUGACGUUGUCGGAGCAAACACCCUUACAAGGGUAUUUGCUCAUGUUUUUGUAAUCGACAUAGUUUUGACGCCAGCUACCAUGACGUAGCCGGUCUAAAAAUAAAAAGUGGGAUAAACUUCUCGACUGUUA